GUCUGACUUAAAAAUAUAUAUUGUUUCAUAUAUUUGUAUCAUAUUUACCCAGAUAUUGUAAUAUAUAUUGUACUAUAGUUACCCAUGUGCGUGUGAAAUAAAUUGUAAAUGAAAUCUAAUUUGAUAACUUCAGGUUCAAAAUAGUAAGCAGCAUUACUGUUUAUUUUUGUAAGAAGUUUUCCAAAUUAAAAAUAACAUUCAUUUUGCAGUGUGUCUAAGAAUGCAUUCAUUCAUAGUGUAUUAAAUUUAAAGAAUUUUCUUCAAAAGGAGGUUCAUUAUUUCUGCAGUUCUUUGUGUAAAAUAGAAAUAUUAUUAAAGUUUGUGGAAAAAAAUUUUUGCAUCUCAAUAUAAUUUAAAUUGAUCCUUUCACUGAUGCAGCAAUUAAUAAAUCAUAUUCUUGUUAUAAAGUGAUCAUAUUUCUACAGUAUUUUAUUUUGCUUAUUUAGAAAAUUUAGUCAAAGUAAGUGAUUUGAUUCAACAUGAUCAUUUUGAAUUAUGUGUUAUUGAAGUCCUCUUUGUGCUAUUAAAUAGUGAAAAUUAUUUUAAAUUAUUGCCUUCAUUUUAAUCAAUAGCUAAUUGUUUUUCCAAUUUCUACUUACAGCUAUUUGUUGCAAAUAAAAGAGAAAAAGCAAAAAUUUUAUUUUGAGUAGGAAAUUAUAUUUUUUCUUAUUUUUAUGCAUUUCUAUUAUAAUGUCAUUGCUAAGUGGAUAUAGUAUGUCUUAAUUUCUUGCAGCAUAUUUAUGAUUGUUAUUCUAGAGAUCUUAUUCAACUACACACAAUUUAUCUACACUUAUAAUUAAGUUUUUUCUCAGAAAAGUAAUCCUAUACUGUAAAAGUUUUUUUGAUCCUGCAAGAUAACCUUAUUCUUGUAAUAUAUGUAACUAGAUUUAUUUCUAAGAGAAAUAGUUUCACUAAACACUGCAAAUUUCAUACUGGUGAGAAAUCCUAUUCUUGUAGUAUAAAAAGAGUAUAAUAAGAGUUUUUUCACAAAGAGAUCUCACUAAACAUAAUCGCGUUAAUAUGGGUGAGAAGCCUUAUUCUUGUAGUAUAUGUAGUAAGAGUUUUUCACGUAGAAAUGUACUAACUGAACACAGUCGUGUUCAUACAGGUGAGAAGCCUUAUUCUUGUAGUAUAUGUAAUAAGAGUUUUUCACGUAGAAAUCUACUAACUCAACACAGUCGUGUUCAUACAGGUGAGAAGCCUUAUUCUUGUAGUAUAUGUUAUAAGAGAUUUUCAAAAAAAGGUAAUUUGAUUCAACAUAGUCAUGUUCAUACUGGUGAGAAGCCUUAUUCUUGUAGUAUAUGUUAUAAGAGAUUUUCAAGAAGAGGUCGUUUGACUCUACACAGUAGUGUUCAUACUGGUGCUGAAAAAGAUAGUCUAUUUAGGCACAUUCCAGUACAUACUGGUGAAAAACCUUAUUCUUGUAGUAAAUGUAAUAAGGGGUUUUCAAGUAGAGCUUAUUUGACGUUACAUAGUCGUGUUCAUACAGGUGAGGAGCUUUAUUCAUGUACUGUAUGUAAUAAGAGAUUUCCAACUGGUUCUAGUUUGACUAAACAUAGUCGUGUUCAUACUGGUGAGAAACCUUAUUCUUGUAGUAUAUGUAAUAAGAGUUUUUCUCAUAGAGAGAGUCUAUUAAAACACAUUCGAGUUCAUACAGGUGAGAAACCUUAUUCUUGUAGUAUGUGUAAUAAGAGUUUUACACAAAGAAUUCAUCUGACUCGUCAUAGUCGUCUUCAUACUGGUGAGAAACCUUAUUCUUGUGGAAUAUGUAAUAAGACUUUUUCGCAGAAACAUCAUUUGAGUAAACACAGUCAUGUUCAUACUGGGGAAUAAACCUUAUUCUUAUAAUAUAUGUUAUGAGAGUAUUUCACAAAUAGUUCUUCAAAAUAUGACAUUUGUGUUCUUACUGGUGAAAAGCAUUUUUCAUGCACUAAAUGUAAUAAGACUUUUUCAAGAAAGGAUUACUUAACUCGUCACAUUCAAGUUCACACUGUUUAGAAACCAUUUUCUUGUAGACAAAAAAAAAUUAUUUUUUUUACUUGAAAAGCAUCCAACUUAUUAUAAUUUUAUUCAUGCUGGUUAAAAACUGCAUUAUUUUGAUAUAUUUCAAAAGAGUUUUUUUUUCCUUUAAAAGACUGACUUUGAUGUUUAUAUUUGGACUGGGGAGAAACUUUUUUGUUGUACCAUAACUAAAUAAGAAUUUUUCUCAGAAAUGUCAUCUGGCUAAAUACAGUGUUGUUCCUACUAGCGACAAAGCAUAUCUUUGAAGUAUGUGAUGAAGUAGGUUUUUUUUAAAUAAUAGUGAUCUGAAUAUUUACACUCAUGUUGAUACUGGUUGAGAAACCAUAUUCUCGUAGAAUCUGUAAUAAGUCUUUCUUAACGAAAGCUAAUCAAACUAAUCAUUGUUUUGUUGACCCAGCUGAAAAACCUAAUUCUUGUUGCACGUGUCAAAGGAAUCUUUCAAAUGGCAUUCUGAUUCAUACUGGUGCAUUCAUUUUUGCGGCAUAUGUAAAAAGUGACUGACUGAACAUUGGCCAUUUCUCACUGAGGAAAAACUCUCUUGCUUCUAUUAUUGGUAAAAAAUUUCAUGGAAAUAUCAUUAGAUUUAACACAAUUUAAUGAAACUGAAAUGUUUUUUUCUUUUCAAAAUAUUUUAUAAUGGAGUUUUCAUUGUAUUUUUCUGAUUUUGUACUUAUGUAAUGCCUGUAAAAUAAGCUUCAGUAUUGAAAAGCUGUGGAUUAAAAUUAAAAUGCAUUCUUGUAAGCACA